AGAGUGAAAUUCGAGACGAUAGUUAAACCAGUUGCACGCGGCUGAGAAAACGGAACAGUUUAUUAGUGGAACGAAAGCUAUAGCGAAGCCAUUUUCCUCGACGAACAGUAUUUCUAAGCCAAUGUCGGUUCUUUGGCAGCUUGCUUUUUUGCGAAAAGGGGUCAUUCCGUGUCUAUUUAUGAAUAUCGUCCAGAUAUCAGAACAGAGGAUUGUUGGGGUCAGAGCAUUGACUUGGCUCUGUCAGUCAGAGGGCGGGAAGCUUUAAGGGCAGUUGGCCUUGAGGAGGUUGUGGUCGAUCAUCAUGGUAUUGCUAUGCGUGGUAGAAUGAUACACAAUAAGAAUGGAUCGCUCAAAGAAAUACUUUACGAUGGUGUGAAUCAAAAUUGUAUUUAUUCAGUUACCAGACGAUAUCUAAACAUUGUUCUACUAAAUGCUGCCGAGAAAUAUUCCGAAGUAAGUCUCCAUUUCAACAAAAAAGUCGUGGAUGCGGAUUUAGAUGAUGGAAAGUUGACGAUAUUGGACACGAGAACUCGAAAGAUAGAGAAAGUGGAAGCUGAUUUAAUAAUAGGAGCCGAUGGUGCUUACUCGAUCAUCAGAAGAACAAUGGCGAAGAAGCCGCGGUUCAACUGUAGUCAAACUUAUAUUGAACAUGGCUAUCUUGAAUUAUUCGUCCCUUCUGGAAAAAAUAAUGAGUUUAUGAUGAGUAACAAGCAUCUUCAUAUUUGGCCACGAGGAGAAUUCAUGAUGAUAGCUUUGCCCAACGACAACUGUACUUUUACUGUUAAUUUAUUCGCCCCUUUCUUAACUUUGGACAAGCUAAAAACACCUCAGGAUCUUUUGAGUUUCUGUGAAGAAUAUUUUCCUGAUCUAGUGGAAUUAAUUGGAAGGCAGAAGUUGGUUAAAGAUUAUUUCGAAAGGGAACCAAAACCUCUGAUUUCUAUCAAGUGCAAACCUUAUCAUGUUGGAAAAACGACCCUUCUUCUUGGGGAUGCUGCUCACGCUAUGGUGCCUUUCUAUGCCCAAGGAAUGAACACGGGUUUCGAGGAUGUUUUACUUCUGGACGAGUUAAUGGAACGUUAUAACUCGGAUUUCAGCAAAAUUCUUCCAAAAUUCUCGGAAUUAAGAUGCGAAGAUGCACAUGCCAUUUGCGACCUUGCUAUGUACAAUUACGUCGAGAUGAGAGAUUUGGUGAGGAAGAAAUCUUUCCUCGUUCGAAAAUAUAUAGACACGUUUCUCUAUAAACGAAUUCCAAAAACAUGGAUACCUCUCUACAGUACAAUACACUUCUCGAGAAUGAGGUUUCGCGAUUGCAUCGCGAACAAGCAGUGGCAGGAUAAGGUGGGUCGAAACAUUAUGAAGAAAAUCAACAAUCGAAUAAGAAUUAUUCAAAAUGUACUCGAACAAUUAUCUUUUUACAGGUAUUACGCAGAACCGCUUGGUGCACGAUAUUCUUAAUCAUAGCUAUAUUAAUGGCGUCUUUCAUCGAAGUAUCCGCAAAGAAAAGUAUUUUGUAU